GGUGGAGAGAGGUGCAGGUGAAAACAUAUAGGUUAUAGUCAGGAGUAAGUGAAAAACUGAUGCUGAAGAUAAUUUUUAAGAAAAGAUAAAAACAUAUGAGUUUGUGAGUGUUGUCCGCGCGCUGACGCACGGCACAGGUGCGCACGAUCCGAGCUUAGAGGUUCUGCAGCAGCCCGUCCACAGCCCCUCAUGGAGAAGUCCAGAAACUUCAGAAUCGACGCCCUGCUCGCCGAUGAGACCAACCGGGGCAGCAGCAGAGACCUCUCCCCGGGUCUGAGCAGCGACAGCCCCGCAGGCAGCCCGGUCUCGUGCCGUCGCGCGGACACCCCUUCUCCGCGGACUGCUGUGCAACUUCAGACCGGAAUAAUCCCCAAACCGGGUGUGCUAAAUCUCCCUCACCCAGGACUCGCUGCAAUCCCCGGCAUGUAUCCGGCACCCAUGUACCCUUUAUCGGCGCUGGGUGGUCAGCACCCCGCGUUCGCUUACACCGGGUUCACGCAGCUGACACAGACCUACCCGGAGCACCUGAAGGCUGCGGCCAUGGCGGGGUCUCUGCCGCUGGAGCACUGGAUCCGAGCCGGGAUCAUGAUGCCAAGACUGCCGGAUUACAACAGUAAGUAUAGACUCAUCCAGUGAUUAGAUACAUACCUUUGUCUUUAUUUGAUUAUUUUUAAAUAAAUCAUUCAAAUUCUUACUUAAUCUGUUCUGUUCAUAGAGAGUUUUCUGUUAUCAGUUUUUUUACUGUUAGGUUUAAUCAGGUUGUUUAACUUCUGAGGACUGAACCGCAGAGACUAUAAAACUCACUGAACACAAACACUGAUAGGCAAACGAGUUCACUCAUGAGCAACUGAACCCAUUUAAAACCUAUUAUUAUUGUUAUUAUUAUUAUUAUGAUAUUGUAGAUUUUUUUCUGUUACUAUUUAAACUACUGUUUAACACUUCGACUUGAACUCUAAAUAUUAUUUAUUUUGGUCAAUUACUACCUUCUCUUGUUUUAAUUAUUAUAAAUAAUGUCACUUAUUUAGGCCUUGUUUUUCCAAUCAUAUGGCCUACAUUAAAGCCUACUACUUUUUUAUUUUGCAACUUUAAUUUUUUUAAUACAUUACUUUUCACUCUCACUUGGGCCUGUCUAAUGCCAGACACCACAAACAGGCUUUAUUGUUUCUUUGACUUGAGAAUGACUCUGUCAUAUAUACAUUUUUCCACCACUGCUGUGUUUAUUUUCAGUCCAGGCUAUGUCUUGUAUGAUUUUUUCUUUAUGUAAAGAAAUGAUGUAUCCUUUAAUACUAUGUUUAUUCAGUUUCUAAAAGAGCCACCCUGCACACACUGCUCUGUGUUUACUGCACACUGUCUCAGUGUCAUAUUUUAAUUUCGGCCCAUUUAUUUCUCUAUAAACGCCAGCCGGAUGAAAAUUGUCUUUGUGCGAUGAAGAAACUAUAAACAAACACCUAAACCGUUCUGUAGUUCAUCAAUAAAAUCCCCAAAGCCUUCAUUGAAUUUUCAUUAAGUUAAUGGCAUGCCUGUGUUUUUAUGGCCCCUGCGCCCGCUUCUGCCGUGUCCCCCCCGUCAACAAUAAACUGGAGUAAAGCUAUUAUAGUUAAUGAUGGCCCGAGAGUGCGGCCAUAUGUGCGCCUGUUCCAACCCACAAAACACACUCAACUUCCUGUGUCCUUGGAGUACUUAUAGAAAGAUAUACUGUAUCAUAAAGCUGCGUGGGGGCCAAAUAUUUCAGACUGUAAGUUGUGAAUUUCCUAUAAAUCCCUGAUAUUUAUGUUGAGUAGUCUGUAAAUAAAUAUACAUCCCUGAAAUAUUCAGAUAUUGUGUGUGAAGAUUAAAACAUUUGAAUCUGUAAGGUGCUGAAAAUAAACAUGAAAUAAAUGUCAUUCAUAAAAGCAGUACAUGUUACAGACUUUAAAUGCUUUAAACGUGUGGCAUACCCCUUUAUUUGACACAAAGACUGAAGAUGAUUUUGCUCUUCAUCCUUCUGCAGCGGGCCCUCAGUCUGGUCUAUUGGGGAAGUGUCGGAGGCCCCGCACUGCCUUCACCAGUCAACAGCUGCUGGAGUUGGAAAACCAGUUUAAACUCAACAAGUACCUGUCCAGACCCAAGCGCUUCGAGGUGGCCACCUCACUCAUGCUGACUGAGACUCAGGUAAGAGGCGCAGAAACAAAAGAUCCACAUUAAAGAUAUCAGCUUUUAUUCAGUCUAAGAUGACAGUCACAUUAAAGAUGAGCCUUUUUAAAACCAGACACUUUUCUAUAGUGAUAACCUUCACCUUAAAAUAGAAACACACCAACAAAAGAGCUACAGCAAAAUUUAAAAGACCAAAUCUGAAAGAUGUGCCUUAAAACAGAAUUUUUAAGUGUGUUCAAACUGAGGAAAAAAAGGAGAUAUACUUGAAACAUCAUAAAAGACAUAAAGUGCACUGGACAGACUGACUGAGUCUCAAAUCUGGUCAAACUAAUCUGUGAGAAACAUCAUUUAUAUUCUCCUAAACAUAAAGUUUCACUGUGAUGUGUUUAAUUUUUAACAACAGCGUGUUUUACUUUUCAACGUUAUGGUAAAAUCACACAUUUGUGACUGUUUCUGUAGUCCGGACUGUGAAUCGAUCUUCUAAAUACCUGCAGACUUGCGUGCAUUUCAGUGUCUUUGCUUCUUUUCUUUGUUAGAUUAAACAAGAUUUAUGUGAUUUCUGCCAAUAUUUUAUUCAGAACUUUGGCAGUUUUAUCUCCUUAUCAGAUAAAAUUUAACCACAAAUGAUGAUAAAACUCAAAAUUUCUAAAACCAACUUCAUGAAGAUUUAUUGUAUUUUGCAUGAAAAAAAGGAAGCUGCAAGUAGAACAAGUUAUGGGCACAAGCUGUUUGAUCUUUGGUGUUAGUGAAAUUAAAUGUGUGUGCAUACAUUUACAGAUUUUUUUUUGUCAACAAUACUUAAGUCAAGUUCAUUUCUUUAGCUUAUUAUUAUAGCUUUUCUUUUCUGAAUGUUUUUCCAGCACACCUUUGGAAAAAAAGUGAAACCUUCAGUGAGAGAAACAUGAAGGACUCUCUCCUCAAAGACAGGGAUACAUAAAUAUAAACACAGACAAAGACUUCUUGAAAUCACCUCUGCUCAAUGGCUGCAAAUUCUUGUCUCAAAAACUAAAAAAAAUCCUGACAAACUUGUCCGGACUGCAUCUCAUUUCUUUUCCUGACCUCUCCUGUCUUUCUCUGAAGGUGAAGAUCUGGUUCCAGAAUCGGAGGAUGAAGUGGAAACGCAGCAGGAAGGCGAAGGAGCAGGCGACUGCCUCAGCCCAGUCUGAGACUCAGCGGCUUCGCAGUGCUGGAAAAACAACCAAAGACAAAUCUGAUGACAGCAGACGAGCUGUAAACCCAGACGACAGAGGGAUAGACCUUGAUCUGGAUGAUGGAGAGGAAGAGGACGAUGAUGAGGAUGAGGAGGAGGUAGAUGAGGAGGGUGCUCAGAGUGAUUAUCCUGUUUCUUUGGGUAAUGGGGUUGGGAUACAACAAUCCAUAGACUUCUUGCAGCAUAACACAGAUGUCGGCUACAAUCCCCACAGCCCGUUCUCUGAUGACUCUGAGCUGGAGGGGGUGCAGGGAGGAGGAGGUGACCGGAAGAUCGGAGCCGGACUGUGAAAAGACACAGAAAGAUGCUCACACAGGAUUUUAGGAGACAUUUAAACGGGACAUGUCUGUGUUUGUGGACAUGAAAAAAAGACAAGAUAUGGUUCUGGGCUGCUCUCUGAACAGACUUCUUCUUGGAUCGCAGAAAUAUACUGUAUAAACUCUCUGUGAAAAGUCACCUCUAAGUACUGUACAUUUUUGUAGCAUGCUGAGUAAAGUCUCUCUCUCCUCUCUAUAGUAAGCUGUUCUUAUUUACCCACAUGCAGAGAACCAAGAAGGCAGGUGAACUGUUGUGCAUUCAGACAGCGUUAGGUUGUAGAGUCGAUGCAGAUCCUGCUGCAUCUUAAAGACGAUAAAGUCAGAGCAGAUGAAGCUGUGAAGUGUCGUGCUUUAAACACACCUGCUCCCCUGGAUGUUACUUUUCAGGAUAUUCUGUGUUUUAAUGUGAAUAUUGAUGUUUUUUAUUUGUUCUAAAUGUUGUUUAUGAAUUCGUUCACUCACUAAAUGAACUUAAUUUAUUUGAAUGAUUGCAAAGAUGAAUCGUAUGUGUAUUUAUCUUCAACUUGUCAGUGGUGGAACUGUGAAAUAAAAAGAAAUGAUGACUACGAGAAUUAAAAAAGCUGAA